AUGAAGAAAUGGCAUGGCGGCUUUGUCAUUGUAUCUUUGUUCAUCAUCUUGAUGUUAAGAUAUGUGAUAUUGGAUAGCCCACUUGCAGACAAAUCGCUUCAGUAUCUUUUUCAGCAAAACAGGACGGCAGAAUUACAUUGGUUAGAUGUUCCAAACCCACCUGCAAUCCAGAAUCCACAGAAUUCUUCUGAAGUAAUAUCAACCAGACUCUUGGCAUCCAACCUUUCCAUUACCAGAAAUCUCUCUGAUAGAGAACUUCAAUCUUUACAUUCUUGGAAUCAUUUGAGACACCUAUUAUCUCAUGCCCACAUUCUACCAGAUGGAGUAGAGGCAAUCAAGGAAGCUGGAGUUGCAUGGAGGGAACUCAAUACAGCCCUUGCAUAUGACGAUUCAGUUGUUUCUGUUAAUGGCAGCAUUCAGAAGAAGGACAAAGGAAAGCAAUGCCCUUAUUCUAUCCGAAGGAUGAAUGCCACAAGAUUAGGGGAUAGGUUUGCUUUAAAACUUCCCUGUGGAUUGAUUCAGGGCUCUUCAAUAACUAUUAUUGGCACUCCUGGUGGUCUUCUGGGCAAUUUUAAGAUAGAGUUAACUGGAGCUGCAGUUCCUGGUGAACCAGACCCUCCAAUUGUCCUUCAUUAUAAUGUCCGCCUUCUUGGUGAUAAACUCACAGAAGAUCCUGUAAUAGUCCAAAAUACAUGGACAAUAGCUGAUGAUUGGGGUUCUGAAAACCGUUGCCCAUCUCCUGAUUCAGAUGCUAAGGACAGUGCAAAAGUGGAUGAUCUAGAAAAAUGUAGUAGCAUGGUAGGUGAGGACCAGAAAGAAAUCCUUCCCUCUAGGUUGCGUUCAAAUGUUUCGACCAUGACAGCUGCAAGGAAGAUGAAAGCGGAACCUAGAAAGUAUUUUCCAUUCAGACAGGGAUAUCUUGCUGUAGCAAUUCUUCAUAUUGGAGCACAUGGGAUACAUAUGACUGUAGAUGGCAAACAUAUCACUUCGUUUGCAUUCCGAGAGGAUUUGGAACCAGGGUUUGUUGGUGAAGUAAGAAUUGCAGGAGAUAUUAAAUUGCUAUCUGUGAUAGCAAGUGGCCUGCCUACAACAGAGGACUUCGAGCAUGUCACCGACUUAGAAACAUUGAAGGCUCCACCUGUGCCCAUGAAUAAAUCUGUUGAUCUUUUCAUUGGGGUCUUCUCUACAGCUAAUAAUUUCAAACGCCGAAUGGCAGUUCGCAGAACUUGGAUGCAGUAUGAUGAUGUGCGCUCAGGAAAAGUUGCAGUUCGUUUUUUUGUUGGCCUGCACAAAAAUGAGGUGGUCAAUGAGGAACUCUGGAAUGAAGCGCGAACAUAUGGAGACAUCCAGUUGAUGCCAUUUGUGGAUUACUAUAGCCUGAUUCUUUGGAAGACCAUAGCGAUCUGCAUCUAUGGGACAAAUGUCCUGUCAGCCAAGUAUGUGAUGAAAACUGAUGACGAUGCUUUUGUUCGAGUAGAUGAAAUACUUUCUUCCCUCGACCGAACCAAUAUCAGCCAUGGACUGUUGUAUGGUCGUGUCAAUUCUGAUUCCCAGCCUCAUCGAGAUCCAUAUAGCAAGUGGUACAUAACCCCUGAGGAAUGGCCUGAGGAGAGUUAUCCUCCAUGGGCGCAUGGACCAGGAUAUAUUGUUUCAAAGGACAUAGCUAAAGAAGUUUACAGGAAACACAAGAGUGGGGAGUUAAAGAUGUUCAAGCUGGAGGAUGUCGCGAUGGGAAUAUGGAUCAAUGAGAUGAAGAAGGAUGGCUUGGAUGUCAAGUAUGAGAAUGAUGGGAGGAUCUUGGUUGAAGGAUGCGAGGAUGGGUAUGUGGUUGCUCACUACCAAGAACCAAGGGAUAUGAUGUGCCUCUGGGAUAAGGUUCAGAAAACAAAACGAGGAACAUGUUGCAAAGAAUAA